AUGGCGCCGGGCGCCGAGCGUCCCGAACUCAAUUACGGAUCCAAGAUCUUCCUCCCGCCGUCUGCCUUAGAUAAGGUGUCAAGGCUGCACGUUCAGUGGCCUAUUAUGCUGGAACUGAUCAACGGAGCGACCGGGAAACACACACAUGCCGGUGUGCUCGAGUUCGUGGCGGAGGAGGGCAGAGCAUACAUUCCGCAAUGGAUGAUGCAAACUCUCCAGCUGGACGUCGGCGACAUGAUUCAAGUCAAGACCACCUCACUCGAGCUCGCCAAGCUAGUCAAGCUGCAACCCCAGUCCGUCAACUUCCUCGAGAUCACCGAUCCGCGUGCCGUUCUUGAGAAAGCAUUUCGCAACUUCGCAGCGCUGACAAAGGGUGACGUCUUCAACUUCGAAUACAACGACGAAAUAUACGAUGUGGCGGUCUUGGACGUGAAGCCAGAGUCCGAGAAGAUGGGCGUGAGUAUGAUCGAAACGGAUGUGAGCGUCGAGUUUGCUCCGCCGGUCGGUUACGUCGAGCCGGAAAAAGCACCACGCGGCAGCGGGACCAGCACGCCCCGCAGCACAAGAGGCGCCGGCGCCGGCGUCCCUCCCGGCGGUUUGCUCUACAAUCAAGGCACCAUGGCGCAGGCGAUCAAUUACGAUGCAAUUGCACCAGGCUCGACAGCAGCUUCAUCCGGAAACUUUCGUGGAGAGGGCCAAAGGUUGAGCUCGAAAAAGAACAAAGGUUCGACGCCGAAGCCCGCAACACCCGCGUCCGGAACUUCCGGUACAGGCAGUGAGUCUGCGGUGCCUAAACGGCGCACUAAUGGACCUGCGCCCCUGCGUCUUCCGCCAAACAAGUUGUUCCUCGGGUACCCGAUAAAACCUGUCAAGACAGCGGAAGACAAGGAAAAGGAAGCGGCGAAUGCGAAACAACCUCAUUUUGCGGGCCAAGGACAGACAUUGAGAGGGGCAGCAAAGAAGAAGAACGACGCGGGCGACAAAGGUGGGAAGUAA